UAUAAUAAAAGUAUGCAAGAAAUUAACACUAUUGGCAUUGUAAAAGCACAAACCGCCCACUUUAACGCGCCGCUCACUCUGAAAAGUGGUGCUGUUUUACCACAAUUUGAAAUUGUGUAUGAAACUUAUGGCACGCUCAAUGCAGAUAAAUCUAACGCGGUGCUGAUUUGCCAUGCGCUUUCUGGCAAUCACCAUGUGGCUGGCAAAUAUACUGAUGCUGAUAAAAACGUAGGCUGGUGGGAUAAUUUAAUUGGCCCCAAUAAGCCCUUAGAUACCAACAAAUUUUUUGUCAUCGGGCUUAAUAAUUUAGGCGGUUGCCACGGGUCUUCAGGGCCUUCAAGCAUCAACCCUGCCACCAAUAAACCUUGGGGUUCGGCUUUCCCUAUCGUGACGGUGGAAGAUUGGGUCAACUCUCAAGCCUUAUUGCUUGAUUAUUUAGGCAUCAAGCAAUUGGCCGCUGUCAUUGGCGGUAGCUUGGGCGGAAUGCAAGCCUUGCAAUGGACGCUGGCUUACAAAGACCGCGUGCGUCACGCGUUGGUGAUUGCGAGUGCGCCUAACCUCACCGCGCAAAAUAUGGCAUUUAACGAAGUGGCUCGCCAAGCGAUUAUUACCGACCCUGAAUUUUACGGUGGUGAUUAUUAUACGCAUGGCGUUGUGCCACGCCGCGGUUUGCGCAUUGCACGUAUGCUGGGGCACAUCACUUAUUUAAGCGAUGAUGUGAUGGGUGAAAAAUUUGGCCGAAAACUGCGCUCUGGCGAGAUUAAAUACAGCUUUGAUGUGGAAUUUGAAAUGGAAUCGUACCUGCGUUAUCAAGGUGAUAAAUUUGCGGGCGAAUUUGAUGCCAACACUUAUUUACGCAUGACGCGUGCGCUGGAUUACUACGACCCUGCAUUACUACUUAACGGCGAUUUAAGCGCAGCACUCAAACAAGCCAGCGCGCAAUUUUUGGUGGUUUCUUUUACCAGUGAUUGGCGUUUUUCGCCUGCCCGUUCACGUGAAAUUGUAAAAGCAUUGCUUGAUAACGAGCUUACCGUGAGCUACGCUGAAGUCACCGCAGCACAUGGGCAUGAUGCUUUUUUAAUGCCAGACGCGCAUUAUCACAAUAUUUUGCGUAACUACUUAAGCAAGGUGGAGCCUGCUAGCAAAGUGUUGGAUUUAGGCUGUGGCGAUGGUACUUUGCUUAAAUACUUGCGUGAGUUGCAUGCCGUAAAAGGUUAUGGCGUUGAAAAAGAUGAUGCCAACUGGUUGGCAUGCUUGCAAAACGGCACGAAUGUAAUUCAGAUGGACUUGGAAGAUGGUUUAUCGGGCUUUGAAAACCAAUCUUUUGACACAGUAAUUCUCUCGCAAACUUUACAAGCGAUGCAUAAUACAGAAGAAAUUGUGCUUGAAAUGCUCAGG